AUGCUUUUAGCUAAAGGAAUGCUAAUAAUCAAGGGAAUAUUGCUAGCUGGAGAAGCGCUUGCCAGAGAGCCACUCCAACAACCACAAGCUAAGUUUAUUGACAUGUUUUCUUUGAUUCCUCCACACGUUGGUGCAAAUGGAAGAGAAGACUUCUUUGAUUUCUUCAAUGAAUAUGUUAACAAGACGCGGUCUAGAAGGGACUGCACACAGCUUGGAUACAAGGCGGCAGAUAGCUUUGCGGCCAUAGUUUCGAAGAAUAAAUUCAUGCCCAGAGAAUACGAAAUCACCUUUGAUUUCAGUAUAAGCAAUGUCUCCAAAGGCGGAAAAGGUGCUGGAUUUGGCUUCUGGAUUAGUGAUCAAGUAAUUAACGAGCCGAGAUUUUACGGCAGAAACCAGAAUUUCAGUGGAUUUGGUGCAGUGAUCGACAUUGAAAACUCGCCCUAUAUUAAGUUUGUCGAUAGUGCAAAUACCAGAAAGAGUGGGAUACCGAUCAAAUACUCAGCAGAGGAUUCCUAUAAACUAGUAUUUACGAGAAGAGCAGGUACCUUGACUAUCAAGUUUCUGCACAAUGCAAAAGAGCACAUUCUAUACACAGGAGCUGCAAAAGUACCACGCGAAUCAUACCUUGCCGUAACAUCCUAUUCAGGCGCAUCUACUUGCACCUUAGUUCUCGAGCGGAUUAUCACCAACUCAUUCCCCUCGUCUGGUAAGAAGAUGCCUGCAAAGGGUGAAAGAGGCGGCAGAAGUGUGUAUAUCGUCAUUCUAGGUGUAGCAGCAAUCCUAAGUCUUGCGUACUACUUGUAUCAAAAGAAGCCAAAAGAGUUUGAUCUUAGAAAAUAA